AUGGGUGCAGAAUGGAGCUUCACACCUGCCACACUACAUUCCAAGACUGGAGAUGUUGAUAUCGAUAUCAAAUUAGUAUCCGACUGGGAUCUGGCUUCAGUGGCCGUCCGGCCAGAUCCCACGUUAAGCAAACUUGGUCUUGCUACCCAGUGUAUCUCGCGGCUCGAACAGGAUUUACUAGAGCGGCUAGCCAGGGCCGAGAAAGAGAAAUGA